AUGAUUGAGCUUCCCCUGGAUCACGGCUCCCUCGAGCACCUCCUCCCGGUCUCUUGGAAAACCCAAAUCACCGCCUGGCUCGCCGAAGACACCCCCUCCUUCGACGUCGGUGGCUUCGUCGUCGGCGACGCCCAGCGCAGCGCAACCCUCUGGGGCAAAUCCUCCGGCAUCCUCGCCGGCGUCCCCUUUUUCAACGAGGUCUUCACCCAAUGCGGAUGCACCGUGGAAUGGCAUGCCCGCGAGGGUUCCCAUGUCGAGACGCACGGGGGUAAGACGGCGUUGGCGACGGUGAGGGGCCCUGCGCGCGGCCUGUUGGAAGGCGAGCGGGUGGCCCUCAACAUUCUGGCUCGCUGCUCUGGAAUUGCUAGCAAGAGCCGCCGAUUGCUGGUUAACCUGCGCACUGCUGGGUGGGAGGGUACUCUCGCCGGCACGCGGAAGACGACGCCGGGUUUCCGUCUUGUUGAGAAGUAUGGCAUGCUCAUCGGUGGCGCUGAUACCCACCGCAUGGACCUGAGUACCAUGACUAUGCUCAAGGAUAACCACGUGUGGAGCCGUGGGAGCAUUACCCAGGCCGUUAAGGCUGCCAAGGCCGCUGGUGGUUUUAGUCUGAAGGUCGAGGUUGAGGUUCAGAGCGAGGAGGAAGCGGAUGAAGCUAUUGCCGCUGGCGCCGAUGUUGUCAUGCUGGACAACUUCACUGGCGAGGGCGUCAAGGUUGCUUCACGCAGCCUCAAGCAGAGGUGGGCUGGGAAGAAGCAUUUCUUGGUUGAGGUUUCGGGCGGUUUGACUGAGGAGAAUGCCGAGGCCUAUGUUUGCAGCGACGUCGAUAUCCUCUCGACAAGCUCCAUCCACCAGGGCGUAAGCCACGUUGACUUUUCUCUCAAGAUCAACGUCGAAAAGGGGGAUGGCCCGCAGUUGUCUAGCUGA